UGUGCGAUUAUGUAACGUCAGUCCGUCUUCUGCUUUGCUUUCAUCAUGAAACAUGGUGUCGCGUUCCGCAAGCUCUCGCGGACCACCUCCCAUCGGAUGCUCAUGCUACGGAACAUCGUCACUUCUCUCUUCGAGCACGAGCAAAUAAAAACCACUCUUCCCAAAGCUCGCGAAGCCGCGAGAAUGGCAGAAAAGAUUAUCACGUUGGGCAAAAAAGGACAUCCACCAGCUCACGCACAAGCUGCUGCACUGCUUCUCAAGCCCGAACUCCUCCCAAAGCUGUUCGGAACUUUUGCCCAGAGAUACGCAGACCGUCCUGGGGGAUACACGCGCAUUCACAAGUUCGGAAAUCGCCCCGGUGACGAUGCACCCCAUGCAAUUCUGGAAUUGGUUGACAAUCCCCGCGACAUACGAUGGGAGAUGACGUCGCGCGCCGUGGGCUGGGAUCUCCUUCGUGACAAGCUGAAGACCAAGAAACCGGCUACUAUCAUUAACGCUGGUUUCGACGAUACUAUCAUCACGCUGUCCGAGGAACGCGCUUUGAGUCCUACCCACGUCGGGCGGCUACGGCCGAAGACUCGAUGGAACCUGCAGAAGGUUCUCAAAUUCCGUGGUGAUCUUGCGCUGCCGGCGAUGAGCCAGAAAGCUGGUGACUACAUGGAACAUCUCCUUGCCGCACCCCUGGUGUCCCGGAGCGUCGAGGCUGAAACUCGGAAUGAUAUUGCUAAGCGUCGCAAGCGAUACGACGAGGAGAUGCGGAAACCGGAGGGAGAACGAGACGUCAAGGUCACCGGGGUCGGCUCUCACAGACCCAGGUAUCCCCGACGAGAGAUGAGACCUGCUGGUCAUGCUCUUCCGGGAGAAACUCGGGGUGCACUCGAUACGGCGCGGGGAGCCUUGGUCCUCCGCAAAAACGUUGGGAAACCGAGAACAUUGCCGCAAACUCUCACUUCAUUCCGCCGUCAUACAUAGUCAACCGACUACUAAUAUAAUCUUAGAAAUGGUUUGAAGCCGCCUGCAAGUCAUCUGCAUUUAACCAGUCUGCGCCGUUGUCUAUCAGAACGUCCCAGACAUUGUUUCUGGCGCGAAUUGGCCACCCCGGAGUGUCCCAGAAUCGUGCUUUGAUUCCCAGACCGUGUGCGUUACCGAUGUGAGUUUGGAUAGCGGACAGUUGGCUAGCAGAGAUGUUGCCCAAACCGGACCAUCCAACAGCAGUCUGGUAAUCUGUGCUCGCAGUGGGGGAAACAGCGGGGUAAAUGUCGCGUUGAGAGCUGAGCAUAUCGUCAGCAUGGUCGUUUCGGGUUCAUUCAUGACCACUUGCCAGUCAAAGGUGCAUCGAAAAAGACAUCCCGGGAUGUGAGUGCGAGAAUUCCGGCGAGCGGUGUGUUGCCCGUUCCGAUGGCUGUUACCGCGGAGGACGUACAGUUUCCAUUCGAGUGGCACGUGGUGAGGUACCCGCGGUCCCUCAGCGGCCCGAGAGCCUUGAGCACGGCGGGCAACGUGCUGCCGAUGAGUGAGAUUUCAGAAAUCAGGUGGAUGUUCUGAAACUGGAUGACCUUGGCCCAUCGGUCUUCAUGUCGAUAAGAAGCUGGAUGCUUGUUCCGCUCGAAGUAUCAAAGACUCCACUGUGGAUCCGUUCAGCGAUAGAGUCCUAGAUGCUUUCGGAGUGGAUUGCAUAUGUACUUGACUGCGGUCUGAUUCACCGUGAAGGCAUUCUUGGGAUUCUGGGCCUCGAUGAUCGCCACCAAAGGCUCGAUGUAGAGAGAAUCAAAAGUUCUGUUCGAUGUGAGAGCCGCUUGUUCGUGUCCAACCUGAAUGUUGUUGUAUACAUCCGUUAUCAGCUGGACAGUUGGGUGGCAGGAAUCCGAACGUGGAGAGUUCCGUUGACGAGCCAGACAUCGGCUUCGACACUCGCGACACCGAGACUCAGCGCG